GUCUGCUGCUGCUUUCACUGCUCGUGGCUUGCUUGCUGCCAGACGGGGCGGCUGCCUUCUACGUUCCUGGCGUUGCCCCCGUGGAGUUCCGGCGGGGUCAGGCUAUCGAGGUGAAGGCGGUCAAGAUGACGAGCACCCUGACCCAGCUGCCUUAUUCAUACUACUCCCUCAACCUGUGCAAGCCCAAGAACGGCACCCUCAGCUACAAGUCUGAAAACCUGGGGGAGGUGCUGAGGGGCGACCGCAUAGUGAACACGCCGUACGAGGUGCAGAUGGCGGUGAACCAGCCGUGCCGGCUCCUGUGCCACCUCAAGGACAACAAGCCCAUUCCCAUCUCCUGGCAGCUGGACGACUCGAGGCUGGUGGCCUACAGGAUACGGCACCAGUACUCCGUCCACCUGUUGGCGGACAACAUGCCGUGUGCGACGAGGCUGGAGUCGUUCGACAGCUCGCAGCCCCUCUACGAACAUGGUUACAGGCUUGGCUUUGUGGAGGACGACAAACCCUACAUCAACAACCACCUGAAGCUUAUCUUGUACUACCACACUGAAGACGACAAAGACCAUCGAGUUGUUGGUUUCGAAGUUGCCACAAAAAGUGUGCACAGAGACUCGCUGAACUUCCUGAAGGGCGGGCUGUGCUCUUUCGACAACGGUGCCAAGAAACAGGAAGUCAAUGAAAACGGCAUCACGGACGUCUACUUCAGCUACGAGGUGGAGUGGCGCUCGAGUGCCAUCCGGUGGGCCUCGCGUUGGGACACGUACCUCGCCAUGACGGACGUGCAGAUCCACUGGUUCUCCAUCGUCAACUCCGUCAUCGUCGUCUUCUUCCUCUCCGGCAUGUUGACCAUGAUUAUUGUCCGGACGUUGCGCCGUGACAUUGCACGCUACAACAAGGAUGAGGAAGCGGAGGAUGUGAUGGAAGAAACGGGGUGGAAGCUGGUUCAUGGAGAUGUGUUCAGACCUCCCCAGUACCCCAAGCUCUUUGUGGCCGUGGUUGGAAGCGGCAUCCAGAUCUUCUUCAUGAUGUUCAUCACCAUCUUUUUUGCCAUGCUUGGAAUGCUGUCACCAGCAUCCAGAGGAGCCCUCAUGACUGCCGCCAUCUUCCUUUACGUCUUUAUGGGGCUUUUUGCCGGAUACUUCUCAGCACGGCUGUACAAGACAUUGCGUGGCGUGCAGUGGAGGAAAGCUGCCUUUCUGACGUCAUUCCUGUACCCAGCCGUCGUGUUUGGUACCUGCUUCUUCCUCAACUUCUUCAUCUGGGGAAAACAUUCCUCAGGAGCGGUUCCAUUUGCCACGAUGGUGGCUCUGCUGUGCCUCUGGUUUGGCAUCUCAGUACCGCUAGUGUUCCUCGGGUACUUUUUUGGGUACCGCAAGAAGCCCUAUGAGCACCCCGUGCGUACCAACCAGAUCCCGAGGCAGGUGCCAGAGCAGGUCUGGUACAUGAACCCCAUGCUAUGCACUCUGAUGGCAGGGAUCCUUCCUUUUGGAGCCAUGUUCAUAGAGCUGUUCUUCAUUUUUACCGCUUUAUGGGAGAACCAGUUCUACUACCUGUUUGGGUUCCUGUUCCUCGUCUUCAUCAUCCUGAUCAUCUCCUGUUCCCAGAUCUCCAUAGUCAUGGUCUAUUUCCAAUUGUGUGGGGAAAACUAUCACUGGUGGUGGCGAUCUCUAGUUGUUUCCGGAGGCUCUGCCCUUUAUGUGUUUGCUUAUGCUGUGUUCUACUUUAUCACAAAGCUGGAAAUUACGGAGUUUAUUCCCACACUGCUGUACUUUGGAUACACCUUAGUCAUGGUUCUCACUUUCUGGCUGCUCACCGGAACCAUAGGAUUCUACGCCGCCUACUUCUUCCUCUGCAAGAUCUACGCUGCUGUCAAGAUAGACUGAGCCGCAGAACUACCUUUUUACGCGGGCUUCUCGUUUCAAGGCUGUGCUCGAGACGUGAAAAGAAGGCGGAACCUCAAGAUGUCGGGAUCUCUCGUGAGGGUGUGAAAGAGUAAAGGAAGAUGGAAUGAGAAAGGAAAAUAGCAACCAGCAUCUACCAAAAGAUUUCCGGUGUAAGAGGACUGGACACGUCUUCAGUGUCGCGAGCUAAUCUUUUCUGAUGUCUGUUUUUUUUAAUGUUUUUUCUGUUCUUUCAUUCGCGCGUUUGAAGAGUAAUUUAUACGUUGUACAUACCGUUUUUAUGUGGUUCCGCACGAACCAAGCUGCUAUUUCACUGUGACACCUUUUUGCCCCUUGUGAAUGGUGGGACCGCCACACUUGCACAUUUUGGUGUCCUCGUUCCUUGUAUGUUUUGUGCAAUAGUAGCAGGUUUGACCAACUCUAAUGCAUUUUCAUGUCUUAGAAAUGACAUGUUUGAGGCUGAAUAUCUUGAAAAUGCAAUUCAUUUUGGGUCAAACUCCUGUAUUAUAUAUGUAGCGAGUUUGGUGAAACAAGUGGCAUGUGUUGCACAUUUUAUUGGUGUUUUCCAUUGCCGAGCACUGUUCUCUUUCAUACUACAGAACACAUCUUUCCGGUGAAUGUUCUCAAACAUUCAGCGUCUAAGCCCAGGUGUUGCCAUUUUUUCUUGAGCUUUUUUUUGUAAAAAAUGUAUGGAAGUACAUCGAUGAUAGUUUACAAAAUGCUGGGAAGGUGUUAAUAUGGCAAAAAGAGAAAAAAUUGUUUUAAAUAUGUAAAUUUAAUUUUUUGGUUCCAAUUGAGACCUUUCACUAUUUAGUCGUAGCAUUGCAAAUUCUAGUUAGCGUAUUUCUGUAUGUGAAGUGGUGUGGAAGAAAAUUCCAAGAAGAUUUUGUCCAGUUAAAAGUGUCUGCCACUUUUUGCAACUUUGACAGCUCUCUUCAUGUAGCAUUGCACCCACAUCAGCCAUAUGAUCGGUGGCAAAUAAAUGCCUCGACAUUAAGAGCAAAGAUAAAUAACAAUGAUCGACACUUUGCUGUAUAGAUUUGAGUGAUAUUGUAUCUUGCUGAAUGCAGAACGAGCUCUAUGAUAAUAAACUUAAUUAUUUUCGUACCAGU